AUGUCGGAGACCUGGGCCGUGCCCCGACACGGUCUGGAAACAAGCCGCCUCGCCUCGCAGAUCAGGAGACUCUACGGGGCAAACAAACGGGCCAAGAAGCCGUUUUGGCUCUGUCUGACAGAGUUUGUGGUGGGCUCGUUGAUCUACGAGGAGUGUUUUCGCAUGAACGAUGGCUUCUCCAAUUAUUUGAUGGAUACGACUCAAGAAAGUUACCUGGACCUGUUUCCUUUAGAUAAAAUUGUUUAUCUCACUCCUGACGCUGAAAAUGUCCUUGAAGAUAUUGAUCCAAAUAAAGUGUAUGUCCUCGGAGGCCUGGUGGAUGAAAGUAUUCACAAGAAGCUGACUCUGCAGAGGGCACGUGAGCAGUCCUUGCAAACAGCUCGCCUUCCCAUUCGUGAGUACAUGGUGAAAGCCAUCAACAGCAAGAACUACCACUCAGAGACACUGGCCAUUAACCAAGUCUUUGAUGUCUUAUCAACUUACUAUGAGACCCGAAGCUGGCCAGCAGCCUUGAAAGCUGGAGUUUCUUCUGGAAAAGGCUAUGUACUACCAGAUGCUGUGAAAUGA